AUGUUUCUCAUGCUGCAAUAUGCCGAUAGUCUCAUUUUUGAUUUGUUUGUUGCAAAGCGGUUUUUUGCUAAACGUCGACGUGACAGCCUUCUCGUAUCCAGGAACAACAUUAUACAGAUGUAUAAACCUAAACAUAUUAACCUUUCAGAACUCACAUCACAAGAAAAAAGAAAAGCUAGGGAUGACAUACUUGAAGGGGGGAAUGAAAAACUUAUAAAACAACUUUUGAGCCAGAUCCCACUAGCCACCCUCUUCAAACGAGCGGAAACCAGACGAUUGGAGCCUGUCAAGGAUUUGCGCAGAUAUCCAGAACGUACUGUUCGCACUGGAAUUGCGGAUGUGGAAGAAAACGUUGUGGAUGAUACGGAAGAAACGGACGUUGAAGAGCCCACACAUAUAAACAAAAUUCGUGCUUCAAACUUCGUACUUCACAAGGGUGAUGUCCACCUAAUUCUAGCGUCGCAGCACGUAUCUCAAGCCAGGUCUAGAGGACAUUAUAAAGUAAAAAUGCGGAACUUGAUAAAUAAUAAGGAGAUAUCGCAUUCGUUCGCAGAUGGGACGAAAUUGAGCGUCAUAACACCAAAUAAGGUUUCGUGUACUUACAAGGGAGUAGACGAACGAUCCGGGGACCACCGAUUCCAAAGUGAAGGUUUCGAGAUACUAGUCCCAAAGAAUUCAUCGCUGGAGAAAUUGAAGUACCUCAAACUAGAGUUAAAGGUUACCCUAUCUAGAUGGAGGGGACAAAUUAUCGGGUUAUUGGUUCCUCACCAAAUACAGUAUAAGGUAACAGAUGUUAACCCAGGCAACUAUGCUGCGACGCUGGAAAAUGGUAUGGUGGUGCUCGUACCAUCGUACAUUAAGCGAGGAGACAGUGUUGACAUAAACACUGCAAAAGGAGAAUUUCUGAGACGGUCGAUAAUAGGUUGA